GGCGGAUAGAUCGAUAUUGCUCGAUGAUGUCACGCGUGGUCGCUGACUCUCCCUGUCCGGCAUCCUGUUAACGGAGCAUGGAAUGGACGGAUCAUGCCCACUCCUCUUUCCCAGCUUCGGAGAGCAGACUGGCUCUGAGCGGGGAGGAGGCUACUCAUCGCAGAAGGUAUACAGGCCAGGUUCUGAUGCCAUCGACUUGGGUUAUCACACCCUUGACAACAAUGCUUGCCGCACCACGUCCUCAUCGUCCUCGUCAACCCCGGGUGUGCCCAGCCGUCAACAGCAACAGCAGCCACCACAAUCUAAGCAUUUGAUACAUUAUUCUAUAGUUAGCGACUUGUGCCAGCUGGAUGACAAUCUGCUUCUGAGGAUUUUUAGCUGGCUCGACACCCGAGAUCGCUGCGCUCUGGCGCAAACAUGUCGACGUCUUUGGGAGAUCGCGUGGCACCCGUCCCUCUGGCGAGAAGUCGAGGUCUGCUAUCCGCAAAACGCCACCACGGCGUUGAACGCGCUGACGCGUCGCGGCUGCCACACCUGUAUUCGCCGUUUGGUUCUGGAAGGCGCUACCGGUUUACCUGGCAUCUUCGUCCAAUUGCCGUAUCUCAACCUGACGUCCCUAGUGCUGCGACACUCGCGACGUGUCACCGAUGCCAACGUUACUACGGUGCUGGACAGCUGCGCCCAUCUUCGCGAGCUUGAUCUGACCGGUUGCUCCAACGUUACACGAGCCUGCGGUCGUAUGACCACCUUGCAGCUGCAGUCGCUCGAUCUCAGCGAUUGCCGUGUCGAGGACUCUGGUCUGGUGUUAAGUCUGUCGCGCAUGCCGCACCUCGGAUGUCUUUACCUACGUAGAUGCACCCGCAUCACCGACGCCAGCUUGGUAGCCAUCGCUUCCUACUGUGCCAGUUUGCGCCAGCUGUCAGUGUCAGAUUGCGCGAAGGUGACGGAUUUUGGAGUACGCGAACUGGCGGCGCGUCUGGGUCCUUCGCUCCGUUACUUCUCCGUGGGCAAAUGCGACCGGGUGUCCGACGCCGGUUUGCUGGUCGUCGCCCGUCACUGCUACAAGCUCCGUUAUCUGAACGCUCGCGGCUGCGAGGCGCUCAGUGACAGUGCGACCAUCGCCCUGGCACGCGGAUGUCCACGUAUGCGCGCCCUGGAUAUCGGGAAAUGCGACAUCGGCGACACGACGCUCGAGGCACUCUCCACAGGGUGUCCCAAUCUAAAGAAGCUGUCCCUAUGCGGAUGCGAGAGAGUGACGGAUGCCGGUCUCGAGGCCCUGGCUUAUUACGUACGUGGUCUGCGACAACUCAACAUCGGCGAAUGUCCUAUGGUCACGUGGAUUGGCUACCACGCAGUCAAACGCUAUUGCAGACGUUGCAUCAUCGAGCAUACUAAUCCUGGAUUUUCUAGUUGAUGUUCCAGCCUACGGUGUCUUAUAUCGAAGUAAUGGUAUAAAGAGGUAUUCUCUAGAAAGAAUGUAUUCUGAAAAAGAGAAUAUUUUUUUAGAGAAUUUUUAUAUGAAUAU